AUGCUUGACAAACUGGGUGGUGCUUUUGCGCCCAAACCCUCAUCUGGACCCCACAAAUCGAGGGAGUGCCUCCCCCUCAUACUCAUCCUGCGAAACCGGUUGAAGUAUGCUCUGACCUACCGUGAAGUCAUUGCUAUUCUGAUGCAGCGACAUGUUCUUGUCGACGGCAAAGUCAGGACAGACAAGACAUACCCCUCUGGUUUCAUGGAUGUAGUAUCCAUACCUAAAACCAACGAGAAUUUCCGCCUGCUCUAUGAUACCAAAGGCCGAUUCCGUCUCCAUUCAGUCAGGGAUGAUGAGGCAAAGUUCAAGCUCUGCAAGGUUAGGUCGGUGCAGUUUGGCCAGAAAGGUAUUCCAUACCUAAACACCUAUGAUGGUCGUACCAUCCGUUACCCAGAUCCUCUAAUCAGAGCCAACGACACCAUUAAGCUGGAUCUUGAGGAAAACAAGAUCGUUGAUUUUAUCAAAUUUGAUGUUGGGAAUGUUGUUAUGGUAACUGGAGGAAGAAACAGGGGUCGUGUUGGAGUGAUUAAGAACAGGGAGAAGCAUAAGGGUAGCUUUGAGACAAUCCACGUUCAGGAUGCCACUGGACAUGAAUUUGCCACUCGCUUGGGAAACGUGUUCACCAUUGGCAAGGGCACAAAGCCUUGGGUGUCACUUCCUAAGGGUAAGGGUAUUAAGCUAUCCAUCAUUGAGGAAGCUAGGAAAAGGAUUGCUGCUCAGCAAGCAACUGCCGCUUAA